CAGGUGAGUGAGGCCCCGCCCACUGACACAGGUGCUGCUCAGAGAGAUUCUCACUCACACUGACAGCCUCAUACAGAGAGAGACAGCUGGGGAGAGAGAGCCCACAGACAGGGAGAGACAUCCUAUUACCUACAGAGACAAGCUGUGGAGAAAGAGCCCACAGACAGGGAGAGACAUCCUAUUACCUACAGAGAGAGACAGCUGGGGAGAGAUUGGACUCGGAUGUGACAUCUCUGGCCCGAGACAAUUAAUAAUGAAAAGACAUUUGGGCUUUAGACUGACAGCCUAGAGACUGCUGGUUCUUGGGAGGACACAAGCCUUAUCUUCAGCGAGACUGAGAGUGUGGGAGAGACAUGCAUUUCUCAUACCCCUGAGAGACCACAUUAUCCACUUGCCAUUAGAGUGCUGUCCAGGAAAGAGAGAGAGAGACAGUUGGUGCCCAUUGUAGGUUGGGAGAACCUCUUCCUUGGAAUUUACCUCAUUUGCCCCCAUCCUGGCUGUUAGUACAAGGGCAGAGCUGCAGGAUCCUCUCCGUUUUGCCCUAGGGUAGAUGGAUGAGACCAGUUCUGUUGCCAUGGUGACUAGUAAGAACUCUCCUCCACCCUGUCCUCCACCAUGCCCACCACCUCCUCCUGCAGGGUUCUCUUUCCCACCUCCUCCACCUCCACCAGCUAAAUUCCCCUGUCCUCCUCCUCCUCCUCCACCAUCAGGGGAGUUAUCAUUGCCCCUCAAGUUCUCUGGGGGUACCACUCUGCCACGUCCUCCAUCAGCUCCUGAGCGGCUCGGAGAUCAGCGUAGAUCCAAACUGCGCAGCUUUAACUGGGACGCGAUACCCGCCGAGCGUGUACUGAAGGGACGGAACCUUUGGACUUGUGGGUCCCAGCAGCCAAGUCUUCAGAUCGAUGUCACACACAUGGACGAGCUCUUUGCCCAGAGGGAGGAGCCACGGAAAGCCAGACUGAGUGCAAGGUUCAGGCCACGGCACCAACAGGCCGACCAUGAACCCGGGGUGUCCCUUCUGGAUUCUAAGAAGAUCAUGAACCUGGGAAUAUUCCUGAAACAAUUCAAGAGGCCGGUGCACGUGAUGAUCGAGGAUAUAAAGAGAGGAGUGGGGUCCAACUUUGGAGCUGAGAAGUUGAGGGAACUUCAGAAACUGCUUCCAGAGAAGGAUGAGGUGAAGAGACUAAGAGCUUUCAAAGGGGAUCGAGGCAACUUGUCUGAACCAGAACUCUUCAUGAUCCUCCUAGUGGAGGUGCCCAGCUGUUCCCAGAGGCUGCAAGUGAUGAUCCUAAAGGAGGAGUUUUUCCCUCAACUGAACUCCAUGAAACAGGCGGUGGGAAUCCAGACAACGGCCGCCAAGGAGCUGGUCGAGUGUGAGGAGUUACACACAGUCAUUCACCUGGUGCUGAAAGCUGGCAAUUACAUGAAUGCGGGGGGCUACGCUGGGAGCGCUCUGGGCUUUCGCAUGGGGUCUCUGCUGAAAUUGGCCGACACCAAAGCCAACAAACCGGGAGUCACCCUCAUGCACUUUGUGGCAAAGGAAGCCGAGAGGAACAGCCGCUCCCUCCUGACGUUCCCGGACAAGUUGGCGCAUAUCAGCCAGGCGUCCCGUAUUAAUUCCCAGGAGAUAGAAAGUGACCUGGAGAAUCUGAACAAGAAACUGAGCAGCACGAGGGAGGCCCUGAGGGACCAGUCCGACCUCAAACAUUCCAUGGGGCCCUUCCUGCAGCUGGCGGAGGCGGAGCUACGUGAGGUUCUGAACUCGUUGCAGAGACUGCGAGACACGCGGCGAGAGCUCAUGGAGUUCUACUGUGAGGACGAGUCUGCGUUCCGGAUGGAGGAGAUGUGCCUGGUGUUCAGCACCUUCUGUGCCCGGUUCCUUUCCGCUGUGCAGGAGAACCAGGAGCGGGAGAAGGCGGAGCAGCGCAAGGAGCGGCUGGAGAAGCGCAGGUCCAUCGCCAGUUGCUCCACCCUCGACAAGGACCUUCAGGAUGUGGAACUGGAGUUCCUGCUGCUCAGACUCCCCCGCAGGGUGCGCUCAGUGCGGAAGCCCCGCCCCCUCCCACGCACCCACUCCAUAGAUACGCUCCACCUGUCUCCGCCCAUCGUGGAAGAACCUUUCGACUACAAAGCCAAAGUCCUCUCUUCAGAGACCAUUGCUGAGGAGGAAGCGCCCUCGGCCGACACCAAACAGGGGCUCCGGCGGCUCCGGGACGUGGGCUCGGGGGGCGAUGGGGGGCAGGAAACCCCGGGCAAGGUCAACCGACGCCACACCCUCUCCUCUAUCCCCUACAGGGGUGGCGACGGCACCCCAAGUGGGGACCCCGAUACUUCUCCCCCAGAUGGGGCGUCGAAAGUGGCUCCAUUCCCCUCUCCACACACCCCCAAAAAUAACCCCCUCCAAAAUACCCCAAAGUCUUCCCAGAAAGACCAGUCCUCCCCAAGGUCACAGUCCCCCAACUCCCUCCUCCGGGGGGGCUUGUUCCAAAAGAAGGGGACCCCACAGAGCCCGGAGCCCCAUUCCCUGGGGGAGGAUCCGCAGAAGGGGGGCGGCGAGGCCUCUGCGCUAACGACUUUCUUCCGGCGAUUCGACAACGUGCGGCGCUCCCCCAAAUAAGGGCCCACUGGGGGUUAUUUUCCUUAUACAGAGUUGGGGGGGGCAGGGGGGGGCAGGGGGGGGCAACCCAUGUUCCUUAUAGAGACGGGGGGGGCAACCCAUGUUCCUUAUAGAGACGGGGGGGUUCCUUCUGCAGCUCUCGGGUAUAAUACUGACCCUUUAUAUGUCUCUGGGGCAGAGAGUUGCCCAACACAAUGUGCCCCUGGGGCAUUAGUCGCCCAGUAUCGGAGGAUCACAGAGGGGCACAUAGUGUGACCCCCCCCAGCACUUAAUAUCAUCCCCAUACUGUAAGUCCAUGGGGGAACCCCAAUGUCAUGUCUGACCAAUAUGGAGCCUAAUGCCCCCCCCCCCCCACAGGAGGACAAGUCUGACCAAUAUGGAGCCUAAUGCCCCCCCCCACAGGAGGACAAGUCUGACCAAUAUGGAGCCUAAUGCCCCCCCCCCCACAGGAGGACAAGUCUGACCAAUAUGGAGCCUAAUGCCCCCCCCCCCACAGGAGGACAAGUCUGACCAAUAUGGAGCCUAAUGCCCCCCCCCCCCCACAGGAGGGCAAGUCUGACCAAUAUGGAGCCUAAUGCCCCCCCCCACAGGAGGGCAAGUCUGACCAAUAUGGAGCCUAAUGCCCCCCCCCCCACAGGAGGGCAAGUCUGACCAAUAUGGAGCCUAAUGCCCCCCCACAGGAGGACAAGUCUGACCAAUAUGGAGCCUAAUGCCCCCCCCCACAGGAGGGCAAGUCUGACCAAUAUGGAGCCUAAUGCCCCCCCCCCCACAGGAGGACAAGUCUGACCAAUAUGGAGCCUAAUGCCCCCCCCCCCACAGGAGGGCAAGUCUGACCAAUAUGGAGCCUAAUGCCCCCCCACAGGAGGGCAAGUCUGACCAAUAUGGAGUCUAAUGCCCCCCCUGCACUUUCCCUGCAGCUCUGUGGGGGGCAGAACUUUUAUUUAUAGGGGUAACUGUAUAUAGGGUGGGGCUUUUAUAGAUACUCUGGGUGUUUGGCCGCUGUGAGUGUGAGUGCGAGUGCGAGUGCGAGUGCAGGGUGGCGGCUUUGCUUAUUUUUAAGACAGAAAAUGAUUGGUUAAUGGAAAUUAUAAUAAAGGGGAUUUUUGUGGUGA